GCCUGCGUUUACAAACAAGAUGGCGUCCCAGUUUGUGAGCACAGUGAGCAUUUGAUGAAACUUCAUUGUUUUGGUCAGCUACAAGUUGGUAUUUUGUUUUAGCAGGACAACCUUUUAGCUCUUAUGGUUUUAAAUUAGUCUGCAGUCGAUAGAAAAUGAAGUCGGACGUGGAGGAGCUAAUGCCGAGGCUGCUGCCCGUGGACUGUGGAGCCAGUACCGAGCAGGUGGACCUGAGUGGACCUCCUAGAAACCCUCAGGAGUACCUCCGACAAGUCCAGUUGGAGGCGUCACUGUGUCCAGAGGUGGUGGUUGCUCAGAUUGACCCCAAGAAACUGAAGAAGAAACAAACAGUCAAUGCAUCUGUCGCAGGGUGCCAUGCAGCUCCAGUGGGUUUCUCUCCCAGCUUCAGUUGGCAGCAGCAGCAAGUCAGUAACUUCUCCGAUGUCAGACAGAGUAUCACAAAGAACAGGAAACACUGGAGCUGCCAGUCUCUAGACGACAAUGUGCUGAUGCCAAAGCUAACGGAUGAAGAGGGCUGGAAGAGGUUUUGUUUAGGAGAGAAGGUCUACCUGGGCACUUCAUCCUGUCACACAGAUGCAGAUGCAGAGCCAGCACUGGACUAUAGCAAGGUGGGGUUCCCUCCCUUCCUGAGCAUCGUCAGCAGACUAAACCAGUCCACAGUGCUGAUGGUGUUGGAAAUCCUUAUCAGCUGGUUUGAGGAAAGAGAAUUUGUUCCACAGUUGGGUCGCUGGUUGUAUGCCUUGCUGGCCUGCCUGGAGAAGCCUCUGCUGCCUGAAGCUCACUCCUCCAUCAGACAGCUGGCCAGGAGGUGUGCAGAGCUCCGCAGCACGCUGGAUAGCCAGGAGGAUGAGAAGCUGCCUGCCCUCAACCUACUCAUCUGUCUUGUUGCCAGGUACUUUGAACAGAAUGAUCUGGCAGACCAGCAAGAGUGAAGAGGAACUGUAUACUGCUUGACAUUACCAACUCAUUGAGAAACACGCUGUUCUCAAUCUGAAGGAUGUUAAAGGAGACCAUGUAACUUUACAAAGUCUUCACAGUGCACACAUCCACACGGGGCAGCGGUGCUUCUUCACAUGUUGGGAUCAAAGUUGAGGACGAAUGGGAAGGGACUGGAUCGUGAACACAGCUUUUAUAUUUGUAAUGAAUGAGGUUACCUAACUGACCUGUGCUGAUGCUACUGGACAGCAGCCAAAGCAACAGAAUCAGUUUUUUUUUUUUAAUAGGACAAGUGGAUUUUUUUUUUUUUUGUGAAUUUACUUUUGAAGUUCAGAUGCAAGAUUUGUUUAUUAAACUGUUGGAUUUAUAGGAA